AGUGACGGUAGCAUAAUGCUUCGCUGCAGGAUCAGGACCUGAGUGCAGAGUGCAGACAGCAGAUAGAAAAAAGUCAAAUAUUUUAAGCCUACUAAAAGUGGGUGGAGAGCCGGAAAAGCGACCAAGAUGUGGACGCAGAGAAAUGCAGUCGGCAAUUGGCUGUUGGUCUUAACAGCCGUUAUCGGAUUUCUAACUUUCAUAUGGAUUCCGCAGACCUCAGCCGAAUGUCAAACGCGAUCGAUUUACUGCUAUGAGUGCGAUUCCUGGACAGAUGCCCGCUGCAAGGAUCCCUUCAACUAUACUGCCCUGCCAAGGGAUCAACCACCCUUGAUGACUUGCAACGGUUGCUGCGUGAAAAUGGUGCGGCAUCAGAGAUCACCGUACGAGGUGGUGCGACGCAUGUGUACGUCACAGUUACAGAUCAAUUUAUUCAUGGUCGAUCACGUGUGCAUGAUGGAAAGUUCAGGCAAUGGACAUAUGUGCUUUUGUGAGGAAGAUAUGUGCAAUUCUAGUAAAGAUUUACUCACUAACGGUUGCCAGCUGCAUCUCAUACCCAUCGCAGUGGCAGUGUCAUGGCUAAUGGGUCAAUUGCUCAGCAGAUAGAAAGUGUUAGGCUCACCCACAGAAAUCCACACACACACACUCAGAAAUCAGAACAUACAAAAAACACCCUACACGAACUCACUAUCUAUCUUCCUCUCUAUCUAAGCGUAUGAUUUGUAGCUUGAUUUGAUUUCAUUACGAUAACAGUUACGAUUGAUUUCCUUUUGGAGCACAGUUUUCGAAGAAAGGACUUCGAGUAGUUUGAUCAGCACCAAUAGAAAGCUCGAGAAUUCAAUCCAGGAAUGUGAAUGCAUACCAAAGCUUCCAAAGACAGAAGGCUUUCUCUGUUUCUCAAUCACACACAGUAAACACACACUAAAUCGAGCUUUGGAUGCACAGAGUUCUUGAGAUGCGAGUUCAGUCGAAUCGCAUAGAAAUCGAAUCGAAUCCGAAUCGAUAUUUGAAUUGCAUGUUGUUGAUGCUAAAGCUGAAGCAUGUAGCGCUUAAGUCGGAAUCGUAGUGAUUAUUACAUUUUGAUUUCGUUGUUACUUACAUUUGUAAAUGCCCCGACCAGAGGGAUAAAAAAAAACCAAAGCCAGUAAUCGAUUCAAACUUUAACACCCUACUAGACUUACUUUAAAACAUUUGUCCAAAACAUAUGUAAACUUGGAAUAACUAGACACCCCAGACACACUGUAUAUAUUGCCAGCCCCAAAAAGAUCAUCACAAAAGUAUUUGCAGUGACCAAGUGAAACAUUUGCUCAUCUUGUUUAUUCCAAAGUCGGAAGAGAACUCCAUAUUGCAUAAAACGUUAUUUUGUUGUUAAUACUCUGUAUCCUAGAUCGUAGCCAUUAAGCUGUAAUCUCGGUUCUUGCUUGGACCCUAAAACAAAAAACAAAAAAACCCACGCAUCAUAUCACGUAACGAAGUAACAAUGAGACCGAACUUUGGUAACCUAUCGAUCUUAGAGUAGUUAGCCUCAUAGAACCUGCCACCAGCACCAAACUGUAUAAAGUACCGAUCACCCUGGUCCCUUUGGUUUAUGUUCAACAAGUGAUAAUUAGAUUGUAAGUAGAUGAUCCCCGAUCCCAAUUCCGAUCCCGAGCCCCCAAGAUCCGUAAUACAACCCGUAUCCCUCAUUAUGAAAUUGAAAUUAAAUCAAUUCUCAUUCAUGCUAGUGAUAGUCUUAAAACGAAUCGAAUCGAAUCGGAACUUAUAGCUUACAUAGCUUAUGAUUUACAUUUUUGGAAUUUUACGUAAUAUUAUAAAUUAAUAGUUAUGAUUAUCAUCUCGACUAGAGUAUUCAACUUGAAGUUUUGUAUUCUAAGCGUAAACCUUUUCAUUUGUAUAAUUGAAGAUUGGCUAAUAAACAACCAUUUUUACCAUACGUAUAUCUCUAGCUAAAUUUACUCUCAACUUUUGCCUUUUAACUUUUAGCUUCAAUUUGCUUUAUCUACUUGCUACUCACUUAACCGACUUUUCAACAUUCGUGCACUUUUGCCCACGCAUUUGUACAAUAUUUACCCCUAGACUUGGCUUUAGUUAAAAAAUGCUUAACAAAGAUAACUAAAAGAAAACAAUAGAAUAUCCAUAUCCGUCCAGCACAGGUAAGUCACAAGCAAAAAAAACUAUAAUCCAAAAAGUACAGUUGCGCACCGUUUUCUUAGUUCGCUCUUGCCUCGCUCGUAGAUGAAUGGGAUAUCGGAUCUUAGCCGGCCUAUCUUGGUGGUACACACAAACACUUUCACUCCAGCACCCUCCUAACCCAAAUCCACCCCCAAACCCCCUUCCCCUCCACAAAACCCCCUACACUUAGCGAAAAUCCCUAAUGCAAUGUUUACACCAUUAUUUUUUUAGUUCGAUUUGUAUAGUUUCUUGCUUUCCUGGUAUGUUGGUUUGUUCAAUAACAGAUAAACUUAUAUAUUUUAACCACAAAUAUCUAACCGAUUUUGGUUUGUGAAUGUUGACAAUAUUCUUAUAACCAGUAUUUGAUUGAUUGAUUGACGGUUAAUGCGUUUCAAACUUUAAACAAAAACAAACAUUAAUCGAAAACAGGCAAUGAAGUUAAACAAAAAAAAUAACACACACUGAUUUUGUAGUGCAAAACUAACAUAUUUUAAUUUAGUACUUUUUGUAGUUCCAACAUCUAUCUCAGCGCCAACAUACUCUAUAUUUCUCUUUCUCUGUAUCUCCUCUAUAUCUCUCUGUAUAUCUUUCUAUCUGUUUGACUAUCUAUCACUCUCUCCUAACAACUCUGUUUGAUCUUAAGACUCUUUUUACUAACUUUCUUCCAAAAACAGAAACCACAUAGAACUCUUCCACUAGAGACACACCUGUAGCAUAUAUUCAAAAAAUAAAAUUUAACAAUAAAAGUACACGCAAAUACACAAAAGACACUCACUGAAUGUUAGCGAAAUAUAUACAGAAAAUACGAUAAAGUUACAGAAUUAGUGAUGCACUUAGAGAAAACACUCAACCAACUCAUGAAUAUACUAAAAACCAAUGGUGAAUUUUUACUACGUGUAGGCGCGUUUUUUUAAACAAAUCAAAAAAAUAUUAAAACCGUUUAAGAGAGCCCGAAAAUGAUGGGCCUAAGCUUCACAUCCAUAGAUUCCUCACAAUACAAAAAGCACUAAAUUAAUAUCAAAGAUCUUACCAAUAUAGCGAAAUGCUAAGUAAAAUGAAUAUUGGUAUUGGUUGAUGAAUAUUGCAAAGAAAAGAGAAAAACCAAAGAGACACAAAAAGCCCAAAAACCAACUCUCUAGAAGAAUUCAGCAGUCGCUUUUAUGUUUUAAUUUAAAAUAUUGGUUCGUUUUUUUUGAUUAUCCAUCUUGAAAAUAGCAGAUAAUUCCAAUUUUUUUGAUUGAGUUUAAACCUCAGCUCACCACGCUCACAUCUAAUAAUUCCCUCCACUCACUCAAUCUCUCACCUUUUCACCUCAACUCACCUUGUCAGUUGGCAUCCACAUAUGUUCCACCAGUGGCGUACGCAGGAAUAUUUUAAUAGUCGGGUUUUUAAUUAAAAAUGUAUAUUUUUUUGGAGUUUGUACUGUAAUUUAGUACUGAAACUAUUUUUUUGAUUAAAUUAUGCUUUCAGUUAUUUUGGGCAAACAAAUUAUAAAAUUGCCAAAACAAAUCAAACAACAAAUUCUUGUACGCCACUGGGUUUCACCACCAACAAGGUUGCGCAGGUGCGAUAGAGAGCUCCUUCUAACCCUCUCUCGCAGCUGUGCCACGCCCCUCCACCCACAACCACCCACGAAAAUGGUGCUUUUUCACAUACGACACCACUGUCUGACUAUGUUUUUCAUCAUGUACGCCAUCGCAAUCCAUGCACAGUGGUCGCAAUGCCGCGACAGCCGUUCCACAAGUGCAAAAAUAUUAUUUAAUUGUUUUUUCUAAAUUAAAUAUUGGCAUUUGUGGGCGGCAGGCGCGCGUGCAUUACCGAGCAUCUGAAAACUUCGAGGGUAAAAAUGAAAAAUAUGGCGCCGCCUGUCACCGGCGAAUAUUCCCCAAAAAAAAAUCGCUAUUGGCCACAGGCGGUCGCCGCCCCAACUGUAAUUGUGAACGUCCGUGCGGCCAUUCCCCAAAAUAUAAAAAAUAUAUACCCCAAAAAACUGAGGAUUGAAAAAGCAGCUGAAAAACCGUUGGAGGAUCGGCGCGGGAUCUUAUCAAAUCAAGCUUCUUCUGCUUGGGGCUUUAAAAACAAAGCUUUGAGGCUUACUUUUUACUAAGCAGGUGCUUCCAACUCGCUUUGCUGGACAAAUAAAAAAAAACAAAAUAAUAACUACCAUUCAAAACCGCUUGGCCAACUCAGCAUACUCUCAGAAAUCGUUAAAGAAUAUCGACAAUAUUUUAAUUGUAUUCCAAAAGUAAAGAUGAAAAGUCAACGAGCACCUUUAAAACUAAUCAAGACAUUGUAAUUAGCAAAUAAACAAAGUUAAGCAAAACAGCGAGUACGAAAAGCCUUGUAAGAGAUUAUAAUAAAACAAAAGCAUUUAAACGAAA